CUGCUCCCUCUGCUCGGCGUCUGCUUGGCGCCGGCGAGAGCGUGCCUCGUCUACCCCCUCUGCCGCGGCGGCAGCCUCGAGGACCGCCUCUACCGCUCGCCAGCCGCGCUGCAGCGGCUCCGCAUGCUCGGCUUCGAGACGCCGCCUUCGCCGCUCUCCGCCGCCGCACGGCUCCGCGUCCUGCGCGACGCGGCGAGAGCGCUGCAUUACUUGCACACGCUCUCUCCGAUGAUCCUGCACCGCGACGUCUCGGCGGGCAACAUCUUGCUCGACGAGCGCGGCAACGGCUACCUCGCCGACGUGGGCCUCGCGCGCGCGGCAGAGGCAACGGCCGGCGGACAGGUCUCGCACCUGUCGACGCAGCGCCUCUUUGGCAAGCCCGGCUACAUUGACCAGAUCAUCCUCAACGACGGCCAGGCUUCGCAGCUCACUGACGGCUUCGCGCUCGGCAUCACGCUGCUCGUCGCCCUGACCGGCCGCGGCGCUCUCGGCUUGCUCAGCGCGUGCGAUGAUGCGCUGGAGGAGCCCGACACGGCGGAGAGCAUCGCGGCGGCCGACGCGGGCUGGUCGGAGGCGCAGGCCGAGGAGCUGGCGCGGCUCGUGGUCGGGCUGGCGUUCGUUCGGAAGAAGAGGCGGAUGCCGCUCGCGGAGGCGCUGCCGAGGCUGGAGGCGCUG